AUGUCAAAAAACGACCUGGAAACUGCGCAAGGUGCAGUUUUGGUGAAAUCGUGUAAAAUUCCCGAAAAUUCGGUGAAAAUUCAAGGAAUCGAUUUCAACAACGCGGAAAAUUUGACAAUUCGAAAUUUGCUCAAAAGUUAUAUGUCAACCGGAUUUCAGGCAACUCAUUUGGCUAAAGCAAUUGAGGUUUGGGCUGAAAAUUUCAGAUUUUUGACUGAAAAUCUGGAAUUUUCAGCCAAAAAUCGAUAUUUUUGCAGCAAGUCAAUGAGAUGUUGAAUCAACGUGAAAUUCCGGCAGAAUUUGAAGAUCCCGAUGAGAAAUUCCACAAAUAUCCGGAAAAUCGAGAAAAAAUGAAUUGCACCAUAUUUUUGGGAUAUACUUCGAAUUUAGUCACUAGUGGAUUGAGAGAUGUGAGUUUUUUGAAUUCUGGAUGAAAUUCUGGUUCGAAAGACACCCCGUAAGGCUUAUUUUUAAAAAUUGACCUUAGGGACCUUAAGGACCUUAAGGUGUAUUUUUCGGAAUCCCUAUGAAUAUGGGUGUCUAAAAGCUUAGAAUUUCGUGGGGAUUUCGAAUUUUCAUACUAAAACGCUAGGGAGAAGCUGGAAAUAUGGGUUUUGUAUAAAACUUGGGAUUUUCUUUAGUUUUUCUGCAAGAAUUCAAGGUUUUCAAGAAUUCUAAUGUUGAUUUUCAGAUUCCUCGUGAAAUUCCGCUUCCAAAGACACCCUAUAAGGCCAAUUUUAAAAUUUUGACGUUAGGGGCCCUUUAAGGUCCCUAAUAAGGCUCUAAACCAAAAUAUAUAAAUAUGGGUCUCCAAAAAUUUCAAAUUCCACCUGGAAUUCGGAAAAGCACAAGGAAACCUUAGAAAAUGCAUAAUUUCCUUAAAAUGGCCUUAGGAGCACCUUAAGGUCACUAAAAACGCUCUAAACCAAAAUAUAUGAAUAUAGGUGUCUAAAAGCUCAGAAUUUCACGUGGAAUUCGAAAAAAUCCCCGAAAACUCUUGAUCUUCUUUAGAAAACUCAAAAUCACCUCAAAAACCCUAAUUUUCACCAAGUUUUCCUAACAAUUUUCCAGUUUUUGUCAGAAUCUCGCAAUUUCAUGUUGAUUUUCGGACUCCCCAUGAAAUUCCACGUCGAAAGACAUAUCACAAGGCCCCGAAAAAAUUUUCAAGUUUUUAAAGGACCCGGGACACUUGAAAAUUUUUUUUGUAGAAAAUGAUGGGAAAUGCGCAGAAUUCGAAGUUUAGUCCCAAAAAUUCAAAUUUUUUGAAAUUCAGAUCAUUCGCUUCAUAGUUCAACACAAUUUAGUGGAUUGUUUGGUAACAUCAGCGGGUGGAAUCGAAGAAGAUCUCAUCAAAUGUCUAAAACCCUCAUUUUUGGGAGAUUUCACAAUGGACGGCAAAAAUCUACGAUCAAAUGGCCUAAAUCGCGCUGGAAAUGUGAUAAUACCAAAUGAUAAUUAUUGCUCAUUUGAAGAUUGGGUUAAUCCGAUUUUAGAUGAAUGUUUAAAGGAGCAGCAAGAUAAAGAAAGUGGAAUAAAUUGGACACCGAGUAAAAUUAUCCGGAAAUUGGGAGAGAAAAUUGAUGAUGAAAGUUCGAUUUUGUAUUGGGCUUCGAAAAAUAAUAUUCCCGUUUUUUGUCCGGCGUUGACUGAUGGAAGCUUGGGUGAGGAUUUUGGGGGCCAAAUUUGAAUUCCUGGGGAAAUUUGGAGAUUUUAGACACCCAUAUGUAUAGGGGUUUCUGAAAAUUUUACUUUAAGGUCUUAUUAAGGUCCCUAAGGUAGUUUUGUGGGGUUUUGUGAUUUUUUUGAGAUUCCUGGGGAGAUUUGAAGGUUUUAGACACCCAUAUUCAUAUAUUUUUGAUGGAUUUGAAAAUUAAGGCCUUAUUAGGGGCCUUAGGGGGCUUAAGGCUUUUUGGUUGAACAUGGGCCAUGUGGGGUGUCUAAAAACCCAGAAUUUCACAAGGAAUCCGAAAAUCUAGCUAAUUAACCACGAAAAAGUACUUGUAGCCUAGUUUAGGUCUUAUUAGGGGGCCUUAGGAGGGCUUCAGGCUUUUUAGGUGUGGGGUGUCUAAAAACCCAGAAUUUCCCAAGGAAUUCGAAAAUCUACCCAGUUUUUCUUGAAAAAGUACUUGUAGCCUAGUUUAGGCCUUAUUAGGGGCCUUAGGGGGCUUUAGGCUUUUCAGUUGAAAAUAGGCCGUGACGGUUUCUGAACCGAAAUUUCACGCUGAUUCCAAAAAUCAUUAUGAAACCCCUUGAAAACCUCGAAUUCGUUCAGAAAAUCCCCAAAAUUUCUUCAAAACCCAUACUUUCUGCCUUUCUUUCAGCUUUCUAGUGGAAAAUUUGGAAUCCCCGUGAAAUUUAGAGAAUUUUAAUACCCAUAUGUGUAUACUUUAGUUUUGGACCUUAUUUGGGCCUUAAAGGGGCCUUUAGGCUUUUGAGUUCAAAAUAGGCCGUGUGGGGUGUCUAAAAACGUGGAAUUUCACGAAAAAUUCGAAAAUCCACGUGGCAAUGACCAAAAAUUAUUUCCAGGUGAUAUGUUGUAUUUCCAUUCGGUCAAAAAUGCUCCCGGACUUCGAAUUGAUAUUGUUGAAGAUGUUCGGCAUAUCAAUACAUUGGCUGUGAAAAGCAUCAAAACUGGAUCGAUUAUUUUGGGAGGAGGUGAGGGUUUUUCAGCUGAAAAUCUGAAAUUUUCGAAAAGAGCUCAGAAUUUGGAGCAUUUUGAUAUACAAUAUAACGUGGUUUCCGCAAGCUUCCGCGUAAGCGGCACUAUCUUCCGCGUAGCGGCCACGCGGAUUGUUAUGACGUGGCAAACAUACAUCACAAGAAUCCCAAUUCAUAUAAAAAUUCCAAAUUUUCGAAUUCCACAAGCUUCCGCAUAUUUCAGCGUCGUCUUCCGCAUCCUUCCGCGAAGCGGCCACGCGGAUUGCUAUGAUGUGGCAAACAUGCAGUACAAAAAUCCCAAUUCAUAUAAAAAUUCCAAAUUUUCGAAUUCCGCGUCUUUCCGCGUCCUUCCGCGAAGCGGCACUAUCUUCCGCUUUAGCGGCCACGCGGUGUGAUAUGACGUGGCAUAGAAAAAUUCCAAAAUUUUUGAAUUACGCGUCCUUCCGCGUCGCCUUCCGCGAACCUCAUCGAGCGGAGCGAGUGUAAACCGCAAGCUUCCGCGUGAGCGGCACUAUCUUCCGCUUUAGCGGCCACGCGGAUUGCUAUGACGUGGCAUAGAAAAAUUCCAAAAUUUUUGAAUUCCGCGUCCUCUUCCGCAACCUAAAUUUCAGGUGUCAUCAAACAUCAUAUCAAUAAUGCGAAUCUAAUGCGCAACGGUUCCGAUUACACGGUCUACAUAAAUACCGGUCAAGAAUUUGAUGGCUCAGAUUCCGGUGCUCAACCAGAUGAAGCUGUCUCGUGGGGAAAAGUGAAGCCCGGAGCGAAUGCGGUUAAAGUACACGCGGAAGCGACGCUUGUCUUUCCGCUUCUUGUUGCGGACACAUUUGCUAGAAGGGUUCAUGGACGGGUUUAG